AUGGUCCUUGCGCAUAAAGCUGUGAGAGACCGAAUACUCCAGGAAAAGAGCAUUUCUAGCUCCGAUGCGGUUACCCUGUUUGAUGUAGGGUCUGGACAAGCACAAGGAAGUAGGCCGUUCCAGGAGGACCGAUGUGUGGUGGCUUUUCCGGACCAGUUUCCCUCGAAAGUAGAGGACAACGUUGCGUUUUUCGCAAUCUAUGAUGGCCAUGGAUCUGGGCUUGUUUCAGAUCAUGUCAGUCAGACCCUGCAUCAUAUAGUUGGUAAACGCCAGGAGUUCGAACGAGGAGACUGGGCGAUAGCCAUCAAGGCAGCACUCGAAGAAGAAGACAACAUUUUACUCGAAAGGUUCAAGCACGAAUCUGCCGAGCCUGCCCUAUCCGGGUCAACAGUGGCAAUUUGUUGCAUUAACCUCACGGUUGGAGAGCUGGUUGUGUCCAAUCUGGGUGACUCGCAUGUUAUCCUGGCGGAGCGAGAUCCCAAAACAGAGCACCCGUAUCACAUUCGACGUCUUACAGAGGCUCACAAGCCGGAGGUGCCGAGUGAAAAGGCUCGUAUCGAAGCAGCAGGCGGGACAGUUACCGUUAGGAGUGGAACGCCACGUCUUGGGGCAUUAAAUAUGUCCCGGGCAUUAGGCGACCUGCAGUACAAGAACCCGGUCAACACCUUUGACCCGGUCCCAGACCCCGCCUCUUCAGCCUCGAGCCGGUCGGAAUCACGGGGGAACUUCCUAUCCAAUGAUCCCUACACCUCCCGACGGACGUUGCACUCCGAUCGUCGAUACUUACUAGUGAUGGUAUCAGACGGGGUCAGCGACCAGGUGGACGACGCCAGUCUGGUGCAACACGUGAUGAAGUUGUCAAUGCGGGGGAAACCGGCCAGUGAGAUUGCAAAGGAGAUUGUCACCAAUAGCACAGCCCAUCAACAUAGUGACAAUGCCUCGUGCAUUGUGGCCAUGUUGGAUGGCCAAGGAUCAUGA